AUGGCCGAGCAAUCGGCAGUCCGGUUCCGAGAGAGCUGCAAAGCCUGUGCGGACUCCAAGAUCAAGUGUUCCAAAGAGAAGCCGCGCUGCACCCGGUGCACACAGCGAGGCAUAGCAUGUGAAUAUCUGGCUGUCCAAAAGACUGGCAGGAAAUCCCGCCCUCGACCAGACUCCCAACAGUCUCAGCAGCAACAGACGACUGCGGGAAGCACAACUUCACCGACUUCUGCCACGACAUUAUCCCACGUCACUGCCAACGAUAAUCCAACGGAUCCUGCUCCGCCCUCGUCCCUCCUACCGCAAUGGGGACCACUCGAUAUGGAGAUGGUGCCCUGUAGCAGCCAGGACUAUCUGUCGUUGCUGCCAUCCAGUCUCGAUUUCCCAUUCACACAUCAGCUCUCCACGGAAAGUCAACAGACCUCCGAGACUACAGCCGAUUGUGUCCUCCAGCUGAAUACUCGUUCGAUCGCCUCACGCGAGACUCCGGCCUCCGAGGACCAUGCUAUGAUUCAGAACGACGUGCUGUUGUGGGCGCAACAAGACCACCAGCCUGACCGCGAUCCGGGCGGACGAAAACGAUCCAGAACUAGCAACGACAGCUCGGGCUCGUACUGCAUAGCGGAUAAACAGAAUUUCCAGGAGGAUUUCGACAUUCUUCAACUUGAGGUUCCGUCUCAGCAAAAGCCCCAGCGAAUCAACACUGCCUUGCGGCUCAUGGCACAGCUUUGUCGCAUAGAGACGACCAUGUUACUAUCCAGCGACUGUCCACCGGAACCUCGAUGCCGCGCCGACGCGCUCGUGGACAAGUGCAAAGAGGUGACGCUCAAAGUCAGCGAACUGCUACAAGACUUCGGUCCCGGGUCUGAAGAUGACUAUUUUCUGGUCAUUAUUUGUCUUGUCACGUCUAAGCUGGUCGAUCUUUACGCCAAGGCAGCCCAGAUUGUUGACACCCGUGCUGUCGACGAGCCGGGAGACAAUGUUCUAUCAGCAUCAUCGACCAACUCGUCUUGGUCCGCAACGGUGCCAGAAUCUGCAUUCGGCGACUAUCCGGCCGAUGGGUCAAGAAGCUCCAGGACUGUGUUGAUAUUACUCAACGAACUUCAUCAGGUGCGGGUGUUGAUGGACAAUCUAAAGGCCAAGAUCGGACAUGCCGCUUCAGAAGACGACUGGCCGGUGGUUAACGAUCCGACCCCGUCGGACCAGCAUGAUGUCAUGAUAGCAUUCCCGAUCUACUCAGACAUUCUCGGUCAACUAUUUGACAAACUUAGAAAGCGGCUCGGUGAAACGUCUCUUGCGUUGAUCGACAAGGAAAAACAGUUCUGGAUGCGAAAGGAGUGCUUCUAG